AUGCCAGUAUUAUAUGAUCACUCGCCCAUUCUCCCAUCGAUGUCGAACGAAAUCUUCGUUCGUAAAGACCUGGCUCAAAAUAGCUUCAAGGAGCAAACCCAACUCACCAUCCGUCAGGGCGCAAGCUCUUCUUCAUCAUCAUUUACCCCUUCGCAUGCGUCGAGCAGUACAGAAGGCUGUGAGACACCAGGAAGCACUUUCUCAACACCAGAGCAAGAUGCACCCAAGUUCGGCCGAUGUACACCAACUAGGAUACCAGGAUUUGAGCUCAAAGGAAACAACACCAAGCUUGCAGAACUACUUGACACCUCCAAGUCUGAUGCCUCAAGGCGGAAAUGGGAUCUAGAAAAGGUUGAGAAAGAGUUAGAACGCCACAAGAGAGAAACUCCUACCCUGAAACAAGAGAAAGUCAAGCUCAAGAAGGACAACGCCAAGCUUGUGAAACAACUGGAAGAAUACAAAUCUGAGUCUGCUAAACAGCAAGCGUCAAAGACAUAG